CUUCCCCGGGUAACAAGGGCUUCUCAUUCUUUGGGUGCUGAUUCUGACUGAGCCCGGUGAGAGAGCGCGCAGUAGUAGCUCGGAGCGGCGAUGCUGCGCGACACCGAGGCGUUAUCAGCUUAAGAAUACUGGAGCACCCCUCGCGGCAACUGUUAACUGGCUCGUGAGAGUGCCUGCAUGCGCAAAACACGUUCCCGUUGGUAACUCCCGACUGUGCAGAAUUAGGCGGCAUCAUUCGCUCAUAUCUUCAUUAGAGAACCGGCUGACUCCCAGGUGGUAGCAUCAGAGACCCAGCCCUUUGGAGGACGUGCCUGGCUGUUAGCAGUCCGGUCUACAGAUUAUCCAGAGGUGUGGCCUUCCAGAGCCUCUGCCCCGCCCACUCUCUCCACUCUGCUCUGGCGUACCUGUCUCAGGUCCCUGUAGGGCAGCCAUGACAGAAACGGUGACGGCCAGGCACGGCAAUGAUAAGGACCAGAGCGGCUGGACGCAGGGGACUCGCCCCACGGGGGAGGACCUGACGGACGAGGAGAAGGAGAUCAUCAACAGCGUCAUCGCCCGCGCAGAGAAGAUGGAGGCCAUGGAGCAGGAGAGGAUCGGGCGGCUGGUGAACCGGCUGAACGACAUGAAGAGCGGGGCUCUUGGGGACGGCGUCUCCCGAUGCCUGCUCUGCGGGGAGCAGUUCGGCGGGGCGGGGGCCAGCGCAGUGGUGUGCGCCGAAUGUAAGAAGAACAUGUGCACCAAAUGCGGGGUCCAGACCAACAGCCGGCCGCGUUCAGCAUGGCUCUGCAAGAUCUGCAGCGAGCAGAAAGAGGUGUGGAAGCGUUCGGGCGCCUGGUUCUUCAAAGGAAUGCCCAAGCAGGUGCUUCCCGCUCCCAUGCCCGUCUCCAAGCAACAGAGCCCCAAAACCCAGCCGCGGGGCCCCCAGGAACCCCCGGCCCAGCCAGAGGCCACCAGCGCCCCCGGGGCACAGGGCAGGGGGCCUGUGGAGACCCAGCUCCCCAGCACAGAACAACAGGUGACAGAAGCUGACCCCUCUGGGAGAGGGAGAGGAGCCCGGCCCCCUGUGGCCCCCAAGCCCUCCGUGGGACGGGUGGGCCCAGGCGGGGCAGAGACGGGGGACUCCUACCUGAGGGAGGGGGGCAGCGAGGGCCAGGACAGCCCUGUGGUGCUGAAGAGGGCCGUCCCGGUCCACAGCUCCAGACCCCCCCCAGCCUCAGCCACCCCCAUGGCCCAGCAAGCAGCACCCCCUGAGACGGAGAGCAGUUACUCUGCCACCGGCCAGAGGGAAGAGAGAGCGCCCCCUGCUGCCUGGGAGGAGAAACGACAGCCGGUCGCGAGCAACCCUCCCCCGCCUCGGCAGCCACAGCCCCCCCCAGAGGAGGACGAGGAGGCUAACAGCUACGACUCGGAUGAAGCCACUACGCUGGGCUCCCUGGAGUUCAGCCUGAUGUUCGAACAGGAGAGCAGCACUCUGCACUGCAGCAUCAUCAGAGCCAAGGGUCUCAAGCCCAUGGACUCCAACGGACUGGCCGACCCUUACGUCAAACUGCACCUGCUGCCAGGGGCGAGCAAGUCCAACAAGCUCCGGACCAAAACACUGCGUAACACACGCAACCCCGCCUGGAACGAGACGCUGGACUACCACGGGCUCACGGAGGAGGACAUGCAGCGCAAAACGCUCAGGCUCUCGGUGUGUGACGAGGAUAAGUUUGGGCACAACGAGUUCAUCGGGGAGACGAGGGUGGCCCUGAAGAAGCUGAAGAUGAACCAGAAAAAGAACUUUAACGUGUGCCUGGAGAGGGUGGUCCCGAUGAAACGGACAGGGACGGCGGGCUCGGCGCGAGGAAUGGCCCUUUACGAGGAGGAGGGGAAGGAGGGCGGGGACGUGGAGGAGAGGGGGCGGAUCCUGAUCUCGCUCAUGUACAGCACCCAGCAGGGCCGGCUCAUCGUGGGCGUGGUGCGCUGCGUCCACCUGGCCGCCAUGGACGCCAACGGCUACUCCGACCCCUUCGUCAAAAUCUGUCUGAAGCCUGACAUGGGAAAGAAAGCCAAGAAUAAGACACAGAUCAAGAAGAAGACCCUGAACCCUGAGUUCAAUGAAGAGUUUUCUUAUGAUAUUAAGCACAGCGAGCUGGCAAAGAAGACCCUGGAUAUCUCAGUUUGGGACUACGACAUUGGAAAAUCCAAUGACUACAUCGGUGGCUGCCAGCUGGGCAUCACGGCUAAAGGCGAGCGGCUGAAGCACUGGUACGAGUGCCUGAAGAACAAAGACAAGAAGAUCGAGCGCUGGCACACCCUCCUGAACGAAAGCCACGUGUCCAGUGACUAGGGCAGCGCCCCGCCCCGUCCUGCCCCGCCCCGCCCCGCCCCGCC